AUGCACAGAAAAUCUUCACUUCCUGUUACCCAGAUGGCUGAAUUGUCUGCAAAAAAAUUGCCUAGGGACAGAAAAGCUAAUUUCACACCAAUUGAGGCAAACCUUAUAAGUUCCAGAGUUACUCAUGAGUUGGAGUUAUUGAAAGGGGGAUUUUCCCUAGAAGUUACUAACCAGAAGAAGAAUGAGUUAUGGAAACUCAUUACAGAGGAAGUCAAUGCGUUGGGUGUUUGUAUGAGGAGUGAGACAGAAGUCAGGAACAAAUACCGCAAUAUGUGUCGGGGUGCCAAAGAGAAGUUCACCAACAACAGAAAGGAAAUGGGCAAAACUGGAGGUGGACCACCACCCACACAGCUAACCUUUGCCGAAGAAAAUAUAGUUAAUGCUAUGAGGGAUAGUGCCUCAUUCAUUGGAGUUAGUGGCUUGGUGACAGAAAUAACUUGCAAUGCAAUUUCCACCACAAAUGGAAGCCAGUCUCAAUGCACUGCCACAGCUACCCCCAGACCUACAGCAGAAGAAUCUGUCUGGAUGAGAACUUGCAGAACAAAGAGCAGACCUGCCCUUUUGCCGAUGAUGCUGAAGGGACUGAUAGAAAUGCCACAUCUUCAGGACCAAGUAUUUCAGCAUCUUCCCAGUCAAAAAGAUCUUCAAGUUCAUGCAGAUUACCCGGUGCGUGACUUUUUUUACAUAAAUUGUCAUCCUGCCUUGUUCUUCAUACAGCAGACACCCAGCAAGAAGAAAAAGACAGCUGAAGAUGUGUAUACAUUACAAUGUGCAGUUCUUGAAAAGGAACUAGAGAAGAAUACACUACAAGUAGAUCUGUUGAGGAAAUUGCUUAGCAAAUAUGACAGUUUAGAUUCUGAUGCCUUGGAACUAUUGUCAGUUUUAGGGCAGUGA